GCUGCCCCGGCAGAGCGCGCCACUCCUUCGUCGAGGUAGGACGUUCGCCCGAGCUGGGCAAAGCACAGGCCAGCCCAAGCGGUGCCAAGUCAACGCCAGCCGUGCUCAGCAGCCCCGAGACCCGGGCAUCCUCUGCGUUUUCCCCACUUCCACCCGGAAUCGCGCUUUGCGCGCCGGCACAGCAACCCCCGCCUCUCCGGGACCCUUGGGCGCCGCUGCCAGAUCUCUCUUGCAGCAAAGCCAACAUGCCCAUCACUCGGAUGCGCAUGAGACCCUGGCUAGAGAUGCAGAUUAAUUCCAACCAAAUCCCAGGGCUGACCUGGAUUAAUAAAGAGGAGAUGAUCUUCCAGAUCCCUUGGAAGCAUGCUGCCAAGCAUGGCUGGGACAUCAACAAGGAUGCCUGUCUGUUCCGGAGCUGGGCCAUUCAUACAGGCCGAUACAAAGCAGGGGAAAAGGAGCCAGAUCCCAAGACGUGGAAGGCCAACUUUCGCUGUGCCAUGAACUCCCUGCCAGAUAUUGAGGAGGUGAAGGACCAGAGCAGGAACAAGGGUAGCUCUGCCGUGCGAGUGUAUCGGAUGCUCCCACCACUCACCAAGAACCAGAGAAAAGAGAGAAAGUCCAAGUCCAGCCGAGAUGCUAAGAGCAAGGCCAAGAGGAUGUCAUAUGGCGAUUCCAGCCCUGAUACCUUCUCCGAUGGCCUCAGCAGCUCCACCCUGCCUGAUGACCACAGCAGCUACACAGCUCAGGGCUAUCUGGGACAGGACUUGGAGGUGGAUCGGGCCCUGACUCCAGCACUUUCCCCGUGUGCCGUCAGCAGCACUCUCCCCGACUGGCGAAUCCCACUGGAAGUUCUGCCAGAUAGCACCAGUGACCACCUGUACAGCUUCCAGGUGUCACCCAUGCCCUCUGCCUCUGAAGCUGCCACAGAUGAGGAUGAGGAAGGGAAGUUACCUGAUGACAUCAUGAAGCUCUUGGAGCAGUCGGAGUGGCAGCCGACCAACGUGGAUGGGAAAGGCUAUCUGCUCAAUGAACCUGGGGCCCAGCCCACUUCCGUGUAUGGAGACUUCAGCUGCAAAGAGGAGCCAGAAGUUGACAGUCCUGGGGGGGAUACUGGGCUGAACCUACAACGCGUCUUCACAGAUCUGAAGAACAUGGACACCAGCUGGCUGGACAGCCUGCUGACCCCAGUCAGGCUGCCCUCCUCCAUCCAGGCCAUUCCUUGUGCACCAUAGCUGGGCCUGGGCCCCCCUUAUUUCCCUAGGGGAGCAAGGCCUGGCAUCUUGAUUCAGAGGAGCUGGACAUAGCCAAGUGUGACCUCACUGCCAAGUGGAGAUGAGGCCUCUCUUUUGGGUCAGUGGCCUCUCAAGGCCUCUGGGCAGACCAGGGUCUGGGCUCAUUUCCUGGAGUAAAGCCAGCCCUACUUCCUGGGAAGAUGGGGUUCUGAGACUGGUGUGUCAGGUGGGGGACUCAGAUAGGAGUCACCCUCUGGCUUUUCCCUGUGAGCCUAGCUGUCUGGAGUGGGUCUCACUGUCACUGGCUGGCUCAGAGAGGAAUAGACCCGUGACCUCUGAAAAGCAUAGCACCAAUCCCAGGGCUGGCUCUGCACUAAGCGACAAUUGCACUAAGUGAAUCCUGUUCCCAAAGAACAACCUCCCUUCCCACCUGAGCCCUGGGGACUGUUCCAAAGCCAGUGAAAUGUGAACAAGAAAUGGGGUCCUGUGGGGUACUGCUUCCUCAGCCUCAGAGGAGCUCUGCCCUGUUUCCUUUUCUGGCUGAGAGGCGUGGGAAAAAACAUGGCACUUUUUCUUGUGGACUUAGCCACAUUUCUGAUUAGAGGUGUACACUAAUGUUUCCCCCAAGCUCUUGGCCCUUGCAUUUAUUUAUAUAGUGCCUUGGUCGGCGCCCACCACCCCCUUAAGCCCCAGCAGCCCUCAGCAGGCCCAGGGAGGGAAAUGUGAGUGCCUUGGUGUGACUUCAAAAAUUGGAAAUGCCAUCUAAGUCGUGUGUAAAUAUGUACAUUUGUCUUUUUAUAAAAUGUUGAUUGUU